GUGCCACUGCUAGUUAACAGUCAUGUGACCAUGCAUCCUCCAUUUUUAGGAAGGAAUCUGGGCGAGAGCAUUUACUGACGAGACUUGCAGCUCAUUUUCAGUUUGACAUGUCAUUGUGUUUCCUGUGAAGUUAUGGCCUCCGGACAAGUAUUUUGACACCAAACUGUGACACAAUGAAAGUGGCCGUUGUUUUUGUUCUGCUCUUCGCCACAGUUCUCUGCCGGCCGGCGAGAAAACUUUCUGACAGCAGUUCAGAGAGCUCUGAGGAAGUGGUGAGACGACCAGCAGCUCAACCCAUCAGGAAACAGGCGGCAGUGGUUCCUCAGACCCAUGCAGCACCCGUACAGAAUGUUGUAGCAGCAGCUGCUGCCGGCUCAGACGAGAGCACAGAGAGUUCAGAUGAAGAAGAGCAGGCGGCAGCAGAGGCUCCAGUUGAAGUCAAAUCUGAUAGCACAGACACAGCUUUGUCCUCAGAUACAGACUCUGUCAUCAGCAAGGACAGUGAAGACAGCGAUGAUGAUGACGAUGAAGCAGAGGAAACCGAGGAUGAAUCCAGCGACAGCUCAGAGUCGGGAGAGUCCUCCACCCUCGCUCCCGCCACCGAUACCCCUGUGGUCAUCACAGAGGAACCCGUGGCUGAAACCACACCUGAGCCAAUCAUUCCUACUAUUGUCACCGACAUGGAGACAGCCCGCGGUGACAACUUGGGACGCUACCCCAGUGACUACAAGUCCAUUGUCUACGUUGAGGACAAAUCCUACCACAAGGUCCCUGCUCCCUACAAGUCCUACGAGUUUGUUGGCGCAGGAAAGAAGAUGGCCUAUGACAUGACAAACGUCAAUGAGGUGGAGAAGUCACUGCAGGUGUACAAGGCUCUCCAGGUCCACUCCGAUCUCCUGGAGGAGGACACCAGCACCCCUGAGGUGGAGAGCCAGGGCUUGGAUGCAUCCUCCGGCACCUCUAAAGACCAGGACCUCAGUCCCCGACAGGCCUCCCUCCCAGAGGAGGAGGAGAGCGCUAGCACCAGCGAUGCCACCACCAGCGAGAGCUCCAGCACCCCAGAGGAAGAGGAGGAGAGCGCCAGCACUGCCAGCGACAGUGCCAGUGCCAGCAAGGAGUCAGAGGACGAUGAGAGCCAGAGCAGUGAGGAGGCCACAGCCACGCCCGGAGCUGCUGACAGCGAAUCAGAUGAGAGUGACAGCACUGAGAGUGACUCAGAUGAGGAGGGGGCCGGACCUGACACCACCACUGACAUGCCAGUGGUCAUCACUGCCAAAUAAGCCCCAGCCAUACAGGAAAUGGAGUGGUUGGUGGUGUCAGAUAGAUUCAUAUAAAGAGCGCAUGCUGCAUCCAGGUGCAAAAAGCCCCCUCCAGAGCCACUUUCCACUGUAGGGCCAAACAGGGACUGCCAAGGCUUAAUUAUUAUUGAUUUCAAUGUCUUCAGCCAAUAUUUCUAUAAUUAUUUGUGCAUCUUUUGAGAAACAGAAAUGCCUUUUCUUCUGGGUUAUAUUUAAAUAAACCAAUAACUCCUGCAUUCUGUGGUCUAGUUGCCCUGGUAAAUCCAAUGUUUGACCCCACAGGGGAGAAGUGGUUGAUAUAACUUUAUAGGCCAUUGAAAGUGAUGACUGCUACCUGCAACAGGAGGUUGACUGACCUCAUGACCUUUACCCCCUCCCCUGUCCCCUCUGUUGCUGCAGGGUAAAAGGUCAAAACUGGAAAAGAACAAAGAAACAAACACAGUUGAGUCCUGAUAUCUACACUAGCACAACACUGCAUUUAAUCAUUAAUUAAUAACUGCAAUAUACAAACCUACAUUGUUUUUGUGCUUAUAAAAUGAGACAGAAAAGCUCACAGUUUAUUUAAAUAUUUGUAAUCAUUUCAAGCAUAAUAAAAUUUAAACUUGACAUUAAGCCAUACAUUUGCUGCCUGUGUGGCUUAGCUUUGUUGCUUGCUAGUAUUAAAUCUGCUGGUGUAGAUAAAAGGAUGAAAAACAAGGAGAAACUCAUCAUCAAAUACAGGGUUCAAUCAGGUAUAGAUACAGUACACACACACAACACAGUCCUGUUCAUUUGCACAGUUCCUACCUACACUACAUGUUGUUUGUUCCAUGUUGUUUACUGUAAUGUAUCAUAUUGUACCAUUUCUAAAAUAUUAAUAAAGUUCUUUUUCAUAAAAAUA